AUGGCGCGCUGGCUGCGCGAGCGCUUCCGCAGCGCCAAGCCGCCGCCGCCCCGGCCCGACUACGCGCCCGAGCAGCCCGACCUGCUGGCCGCCUACCGGCUGCAGCGCGAGCGGGACUUCGAGGACCCCUACGGCGGGGCGGGGCGAGGAGGAGGGGGCGGCAGCGGCCCCGCGCCCCCAGGACGCCCCUCGCCCCGCCGCCGACUCGUCCGCCUGGAAGCCGAGCCCCCGCAAGGAAAGAUGUUGGCCUUGGAGGAUUACGCGGAUCCAUUUGAUACCAAAGAAGAAGCCGGCGGGGAGCAGGAGAAGGGGAAGAAUGAAGGCUACAUGGAACCCUAUGAAGCUCAGAAGUUGUUGGCCGAGGUUCAGAAGAGAGGUUCCGACGACGGGUCGGCUGUUGAAAAACCUCUGCAUUUGUACGACAUCCCGUAUGAAGCGUGCAAGAGCGAGACGGAGGCAGAGAGCGAGCGCCCCCCGGACGUCCCGUUCCGCUACUCGUGGUUGCCAGAGGAUGACGAGCGGCCGCCCGAGGAAUAUGACCAGCCCUGGGAGUGGAAAAAGGACCGGAUCUCCAGAGUAUUUGCGGUCGAGAUCGAACGGAUCAAGGAGCUGCCGUGGCCGCCCCCCGUCGGACAGCUCGACAGCAUGGCUAACCACUCGGAUGCAGAGGGACCCCCCGCCCUCCAGAGCGUCGGUGUCAGGUGCCUGCCUGAAGACAGCAUGCCAAACCUCCAGGGCACCAGCAACGGCUUUCCAGACUCCCAGGCUCCGUCUGCUCCCGUGGAUGUCGGCGGCAAGGGGACAGUGAAGAGCCAGCCACCCUCUGGCGCAGAGAAGAGGAACAGUUUGUGUUGGCUGAGUGUGGAACCUGGGUUGACGUUUGGCGAACGGGUCAACCCCUCUUUGCCACUGGAGAACCAGGCGUGGUACCACGGGACCCUGAGCCGGGUGGAUGCGGAGGGGUUGCUGCGGCUGUGCCGCGAAGCCAGCUACCUGGUGCGGGACAGCGAGAGCAUCCACAACGCCUUCUCCCUCUCCCUCAAGAGCAGCCAGGGCUUCCUGCACAUGAAACUCUUGCCGACAGAAGAUAACAAGUUCGUCCUGGGCCAGCACAGCCUGCCCUUUGACAAUGUCCCCGAGAUCAUCCACCACUACGCCAGCCACAAGCUGCCCAUCCAGGGGGCAGAGCACAUGAUCUUGCUCUACCCGGUCAUCACGCGCUCUUCCAGUUGUCUUGCAGCAGAGCAGUGA